CCAAUUCUUAUUUUCUUUCUCUCAUAUCAUUGCUCUGUCUCUCCCUUACUAUCCACCUCAAACAUCAAACUAAACAACUCCCCACCUAUAAAAAAACUAUCCAAACAACUCCUUCAACUUAUAAUCUUCCAUUAUGUUGUCAUGCAUUUCCUUUACUUUUUCACCUUCUUCUCCACUACCCACUCUGUUUUCCCUUCUUCUCCUCCUGUUUUUCCCUCAUUUUCAUGCAACUAAUAAUGACAUGCCUCAUUCAGAAGCUGAGACUCUCUUCAAGAUCAUGGACUCCAUGUCUUCUAAUCAAAACUGGAGAAUCUCUUACCCUAACCCUUGUGAUCCUGCUUCUAUUUGGCCUGGUAUUGAGUGUAAACUAGGUUCAGACAGUCACUUGCAUGUCUCUAGGCUUGACUUUGGUACUAAUCCAAACCCAACAUGCAAAUCUACUGCUACAUUUCCUAACUUAAUCUUCUCACUUCCUUAUCUUCAAUCAGUUUUUUUCUUGAACUGUUUCACUCAUACCAAAACUCUUCUAGCUAUUUCACCAAAUUCAUCCAAUUCUGCUCUUCAACAGCUUAGUCUCAGAUCAAAUCCUGCUCUGUUCGGUCCAAUUCCGUCUCAGAUUUCCUCUCUAAAGUCUCUAAAAAUCCUCACAUUGUCACAAAAUCAUCUCUCUGGACCUAUCCCUGUUGAAAUUUGUAGUCUGAAUUCUCUAGUUCAUCUUGAUUUAAGCUAUAAUAUCCUUACAGGCACUAUACCAGUGCAACUGGGUACUCUUAAGAAUCUAGUGGGUCUUGAUUUAAGCUAUAAUUCUCUUACAGGAACAAUUCCAGACACAAUUGGGGAACUGGGCAUGCUUCAAAAACUUGACUUCAGUUCAAACUCACUCAUGGGUGUGAUUCCUGACAGUAUAGAGAAUCUCAGUUCAUUAGCUUUCAUGGCGCUGAGUAACAACAAAUUCAGAGGCUAUUUUCCAGUGGGAUUACAGAAGCUACAAAGCUUACAGUAUUUCAUAAUGGAUGACAAUCCAAUGAACAUUCCUUUGCCUGUGGAGUUUAGUAAGUUGGUGAAACUUCAAGAAUUAAGGCUUGCAAAUUCAGGGUAUUCAGGUAAUUUACCACCAAGUUUCUCACUAUUAAUGAACCUCACAACUCUGUCUCUUCAAAACAAUAAGUUAAAUGGUAAAAUUCCUGAAAGUUUUGGCAGUCUUUCUCAUAUUUACCAUAUGAACCUCAGUAGAAACUUGUUGAGUGGAGUUGUGCCUUUUGAUGCAAGAUUCUUGAAGAGAUUAGGGAGGAAUUUGGAUCUAAGUAGUAAUUCAGGGCUUUGUUUGAAUCCAACUGAAGAAUUUAAUGUCAAGAUUGGAAUUGGAGUUGGUAUUUGUGGUGAAACUAGCAAGAAUAGUUCUAUGAUCAAAAAAUCUGAAGGCUAUUCUCAUGGAUUUUCUGUGUUAUUUUCUAUAUUUGGUGGUUUUUUGGUUCAUGGAUUGCACCAAAUAAUGUAUCUAGCAUGAUUAUAAUCAUAUGUAUAAAUUAGUAAUGGUAGUUUGUGAUAGAAUUAUGAUGAAGAGUUUAAGAUUUUGUUUGCAUUUGGUUAUUUUUUUCAGGUUCUGCUGAAAAUUUAAGGUUAUUUCUGCUAUUACUGGAUUGCCAAGAUAUAGCAGAAAACAAACCUAAAAUCUAUGUAUGAUAAACAUUACUGAACAUUCAGUUUGUGGCUGCUUUA